AUGCAAUUCCUUUCCUCUUUGUAUGAUGUUAUGGAGAAUAAAAGAGACCAAACUCGUGAAGCAGGCCCGUGCUGUUGUGGUACAUGGAUGCAGUCUUCAGAUGACAAUAGUGAUGAGUCGUGGUGCCGCUGGGAUGGCGGAAGAGCGGAAAGCGUAUCAUCUCACAUCUCACGUCCUCUGUCACAUCCCUUAGUGGCAAUGACAGUGACCAAAGAACGCGGAAAGAUAUUAAAGUUGCUGAUGAGUCGAGCUGUUGAGGAGAUUGGGCAGUUGGGCGCAUUAUACUUCGGCAUUCAGCAGUUACUGAGCAGUGAAAUGCAACAACCGCCUAAUUCAGCGCAACAUUGCGAGAAUCCACCUUUCUGUUGCUUAUUAUUCUCCUUCUGA